CCCUAUUCCCUCCCUCCUCCUAUUCCCUCCAUCCUCCCUAUUCCCUCCAUCCUCCCUAUUCCCUCCAUCCUCCAUUCUCCCUUGACCCUGUAGGGGUCACCCCCCCACACACACAUACCAAGGAGGACAGUGGCAUCAGACGUCACGAUGGACAACAGUCUCCUAGGAAACACCCUCAGCCUCUAAGACACCUGUGUAGCUAUAUAGCUGGACUACUAUAGCUGUUUCUGGUCUCUAGUGGACUAGCUGGACUAGCUGUGUCUGGUCUCCAAGACAAGUUUAGUCACUCCAGCUAGCCUCCAUGAUGAACAAGGACUCUCGUUUCCCCCGGAGGACGGCUCAGGGUAACUUCUCCACACGCCGCCACUCCUGCAUCGGUUUUGAUGUGGAGAACGGUCUGUGUGUGGGUCCCCAGCUGCUCCCAGGUUCUGCUCUGGUCCUGCCAGGCUCCCACAGCCAACGCCGGGAGUCCUUCCUCUAUCGCUCAGACUCCGACUUCGACCUUUCACCCAAGACUCCGUCUCGGAACGCCUCCGCCGGUUGCAGGUCACCAUCUGUUCCUCUGGAAGAGAGCCUGAAGCACUGGGAGGUCAGCUGGUUGUCUCGACAUGGAGAAGAGAUGAUUGUUACACCGUUCGCUCAGGUCCUGUCCAGCCUGAGGACAGUGAGGAGCAACUUUGCAGUGAUAACCGACCAGCAGGACCGGCCUGCAAGCAAGAGGCCACCAGGCAGCAACCCUCCCUCCAUGUUCAAGACCAGCCUGGCAGCAGAGGAGCCCCAUCAGCAGCUGGCCGUGGAGACCCUGGAGGAGCUGGACUGGUGUCUGGACCAGCUGGAGACUCUGAAGACCAGACACUCUGUCAGUGAGAUGGCUUCCAACAAGUUCAAGAGGAUGCUGAACAGAGAGCUAACUCAGCUGUCAGAGACCAGUCGCUCAGGAAACCAGGUGUCAGAGUUCAUCUCCAGCACCUUCCUGGAGAAGCAGCAUGACAUGGACCUCCCAAUCGAGGAGGAGAAGCAGCCCAUGUCCCAGAUCAGCGUGGUGAAGAAGCCCAGCCUCACCCAUGGCCUCACCCCCGGCCUCACCCCCAGCCUCGUCCCCGGCCUCGUCUUCCCUCGCUUCGGGGUGUGCUCCGGCCAGGAGGACCUGCUCGCCAAGGAGCUGGAGGGGAUUGGUCUCUGGGGCGUGGACAUCUUCAAGAUCUCGAAGUACUCCGGCUGUCGCCCCCUCACCGUCACCAUGUACACCAUCUUCCAGGAGAGGGGCCUGUUGAAGUCGUUCCAGAUCCCAGCCUCCAGCCUGCUGAGCUUCCUGCUGAUGCUGGAGCAGCAGUACUCCUCCACCUCCUACCACAACAACAUCCACGCUGCGGACGUGGUUCAAUCCACACACGUGCUGCUGUCCAGCCCUGCGCUGGAGGGUGUGUUUACUGAUCUAGAGAUCCUGGCUGCUCUGUUUGCUGCUGCCAUCCAUGAUGUUGACCACCCUGGAGUCUCCAACCAGUUCCUCAUCAACACCAACUCCGAGCUAGCCCUCAUGUAUAACGACUCGUCAGUCCUGGAGAACCACCACCUGGCCGUGGGCUUCAAGCUGCUGCAGGAGCCCAGCUGUGACAUCUUCCAGAACCUUCCCAAGAAGCAGAGACAGUCCUUCCGUAAGCUGGUCAUCGACAUGGUCUUAGCUACUGACAUGUCUAAGCACAUGACCCUGCUGGCUGAUCUGAAGACCAUGGUGGAGACCAAGAAGGUGACCAGCUCAGGAGAGCUUCUAUUGGACAACUACUCUGACCGCAUCCAGGUCCUCCAGAACAUGGUGCACUGUGCAGACCUCAGUAACCCCACCAAGCCCCUGCAGCUGUACCGCCGCUGGACAGAGCGCAUCAUGCAGGAGUUCUUCCUGCAGGGGGACCGAGAGAGGGAGCGGGGUAUGGACAUCAGCCCCAUGUGUGACAAACACAACGCCUCCGUCGAGAAGAACCAGGUGGGGUUUAUAGACUUCAUCGCCCACCCCCUGUGGGAGACGUGGGCAGACCUGGUGCACCCAGAUGCCCAGGAGCUCCUGGACACCCUGGAGGACAACAGGGAGUGGUACCUGAGCAUGGUGCCCCAUAGCCCCACGCUGGAGGAGGAGGAGUCAGAGCAGGAGACCCCGCCCCCUGAGGGGGAGGAGCGUGCUGUGACGGACGGCAGAUGCCAUCUUGCCGGCACUCACCGCCUGCCCCCUACAGCAUCCGUGUUGCUAGGGGCUGUGAGGACCUUGUCAACAGACUGGGAGGAGGGGGAGGGUAGUGGGGGUGUGACCUGCACAAGAACUGGAACAUAACCCCAGAACCCGGUCCCUGUUUGGAUGUUCUGGAGGGAGGAAGGAAAGGAGGAAGGAAAGGAGGAAUGGAGGAUUGAUAGAAAUGUGAGGAAAAGUGUCUUUGUACUGCCACGCACUUUCUGGAGGAAGUGAUGUUCCACCAGCUCCACAGUGGCCUUUGUGGCUCUGGGCCAAACU